CCACACCCAUCCAUCCUUUCACCGAACGCCAGCCAGCACUGUCAGUGUGCAUCCCUCCAUACGCUUGCUCGCGCACACACAUCAGACGUCACUUUGUCCCGCACUCAUCGACCACGCUUCAUUCACAGACACCGAAAAAGGCUCACUCGAGUGCCCAUGCGAUCUUCCAAUCAGCGCACAGCCGCUGUGCCCGCCGCUGUGCAGUCGCUCAUCCCUUCUUGGGAUUGACGAACGCCUGCACUGUCCCGCCCAUGGCCUUUGGCGCCUCGCUCGUGCCUGGGAACAAACAAACGAACGAACAGGUCGACACACAUACAGUGGCGGCUGCAGGUCGUGGGCGUUGAUAUGCUUCGUGCGUACCUGCGUCUGCUAGCAGCUUGGCGAGCCUGUCGAAGACCUGCUGCGCCAGCUCGAUGUUGGCCCGCUCGCGGCCUCUCAGCCGCAUCGUCACCUUCACCUGAUGCCCACCGAACAGACAGACGAUGGCCAAGGGCUCGAUCAGCGAGUGCAUGGGUGUCUGCUCACCCUGUUUUUGGCCUCAAGCCACUUCUUGGCGUUGUUGGCCUUGACGCCCAGGUCGUGGUCAGAUAUCCUGACACACCAAACAGCAACCUUUCGUCGCUUCAGGUGCUUUUCUGUGACACUGACUGCAUUGACCAACCUACCGACCUGGCGGAUAUUUUGAGCUCUUUGACCUCGGAGGCCUUGCUGGCCUGCCUCUUCUUGAGUUUCUCCUGCUUCUCCUGCUGGUACUUCCACUUGGCGUACUCGAUGAUGCGACACACAGGCGGGUCGCUGUUGGGAGAUAUCUCAACCAAGUCCAUCCCCAGAUCGUCGGCCUGAUCCAACGCCUGUCAGAUGGAUGGACGGAAGAAGAAAUGAUUGAUGGCAGGAAGCCGUCUUCGAGUGUGUGUGUGCUCACGUCGUCUAUGUCGACGAUGCCGACCAUGUCGCCCUUCUCGUCAAUCAGACGCACCUGGGCGGCAGUGAUCUCCUCGUUGAUGCUGAACCAGAGGCAACAGACACACUCAUGCAUGACGCUGACUGUUUUGUUACCACUGCAUGCCCUCACCCACCUGACACUCUUGUCCUGCCGCUGCAUCGUCCGUCGCUGCGCCCUCCUCUGCUCCUCCUCAAUCGCCAGCGGCACCCUCCUGCCCAUCUGCAGUACCGUCACACCGGCCCUCAUGCCAUUGUGUGGCCUCAGAUCUGGGACACCAUCCCUCCGCCGCGGCAAGGACGGUGCUAAAGACGACCGAGAUGGGAGGCGAAAGGCAGACGAGAGGCCCAGCAGGCUCAGCAGGGCUACAACAGAGUGCAUCCACCAAGACGCGGCUUUGCUGCAUCUUGGUUCUGGAGAAGAAACCGGAGUUGCCUGGUCACUGCGGACUUCUGAUGGCAUGCAAGGACGGCAGACCACCCCGCGCGGCAUUUUC